GGUCAUGCAGAGACUCUCGCGAGUGCUGUACGCGGCGACGAGACAUCGAACGUCUUCUUCUGUGUCUGCACGUCUUAUUGCGGCAUCAGCCGCACCGAGUUCCUCACAAUGGAGCUCAAACUGUAGGCUCAUGAGUGCCGUAUCCGCCGUUCAAGAGCCACCGAAACUCGGACGUUGUGCUCGCCGCCGAACCAAGAAACAGCGUAUUUCGACCACUCUUGAGAGUGCUACAGAGGCAUCAAGUGAUGCAGCGACCAAUAAGCAGCAACAGAGCAAGAAAUCUAGGUUCAACGUGCACCGGUACAUCGUACAGGAGCAGUUGCCACUAGAGGACGUGCUACCGAUGGUACAGAGCGAGGUGCGCACCAAGACGCUCCAGGCGGCAAUGGCGCGUCAAUCUGUGGACUCGUUCUACUUCCACUGCGCCCAGCAGGCGGAGAAAAAGGGGCUUACAGACGAGUUAAGACGACGAGUGCUGCAAUAUUUCGACCAGGAGCUCUUUGUCUACGAUGAAGAGCAGGAGACAAAGCCUUUUGUGCUUGGCAAGGCGCUCAAUGAAGCAGUAUUUGGCUCGGUGAUCAAGUUGCAUUUGGCAGGAGGUGAUACUGAGGCAGCUUGGAUGGUAAUUAACAAGCUGCGUCGAGCUGUGCGAGGACAAGAGGAAGGUGACGCGCCCAAGCUCCACUUUCGAACGGUGAGUCCGUUGCUCGAGCACGAAUGCAAACAUGGUCAAUUUUUGAGCGCAUACUCGAGAUGGCAGCAAUUGAAGCAGCAUGACGUGGAGUGGACUAGUGCCAUGGAAGACGUGCUGGUGCAGAUGGUCGUAGCGUGUGUGAAGAACAAUGAACUGCAGCUGAACGUGUACACGGAUGUGCCCGAGAGCGAGUCCACUGAGUCGCACUUCCACGCUCAGAUGGCAUCACUGCUGCAUGAUCUGCAGCUUACGUGUCGCGAAAUAUCUCCGCCUAAUGCCCAGCGAUUACAACAUGCGUUCCGUGAUGCUGGGUAUAGAGUGGACUCUGUACCAAGCGAUGCUCGGAUGAACCCCAAAUGCCCAUGCUGCGGACACGCUUUGAACAAGCAGGGAAUGUCGGAACAGGAGCGUGAGCACAUGCUAACUGCUCUCGAAUCCCGCCGCUGCAAGAUGACGCCUGAAAAGCUGGUCAAGGAGUUCUUGGAUCCAUUCCGGGACUGGUUAAUGCUUCGUCACGAAACUUUCCAGCUGCAAACAUUGGCUGGGAAUACCAAGAGCAGCAAGCCACUGCACUACGUACUGGACGGACCCAACCUCGCGUAUAUAAACCAAAACUUUGAGGCCGGCACGUAUCGUUUGGACCACGUAGACACCGUUGCGAAGGAGCUACAGGCUCAAGGACAUCUCGUUAGCAUCACGAUGCCUACGGGUUAUCUCGCUGAUAAGUUUUUGGUGCGUAUACGCAACAAACGUUACAGGGAAAUGCGUCGCCAAGGCAAAUACGUCACACGUGAGCGUACGCCUGAGGAGAAGGCUAUUGUGGCGCGUUGGAAGGAGGAAGAUAUGAUCUUUAGCUGCCGCACAGACUUCUUGUCGGACGAUCUCUUUUGGCUGUAUGCGAGCGUGCUAUUAGGCCGCGAAGGCCGCGUGGUCACGAACGACCAAGGCCGAGACCACGUAUUUGCCCUGCUCAAUGGCUACAGCAGUACCAGCGCCAAAGCUCAGACUCAAAAGAACGGCAAGAAGAGCGCUGCCGCCGCCCAACACGAAAUAGAGCAGACAGGUGCUCCAUCCAUCUCAAUGGACCUUGUCGCGCGUUGGAAGGACAUGACGACUGUGAAUAUCGAGAUCAAACACGAAGAAACCGCGGUCAACGCUGCUAUCGCGGGCGACUGGAAGGAGCUGAUCCCGAUCGAGUACAUCAAGCUGCUCCACCCGCAGCCGUUCUCGCGCGUACCGCAGGUGACAGCGCCGCUGCAUUUCCAUUUCCCGGUUGCAGAGCACGCAAAUCAAAACGAACAUCCAAAUCAGGUGCAGAACCAGCGGAAACGUACGCGAUGGCUCUGUGUGCACCGAGAAGAUGACAGCAACUAGAAAAUCUUAGACCAAAAACUUGCAUAACAAUGGCAUAUAGAUGCGAAUGACAUGAUAUAUUGCCUGUUGAAGAGUAUGAACAGGUGAUGACUACUACGGCUUGAUGAUGCUUAGUUAGCGUACUAAGCGUAGACACAUUUGCCGUUGUCGCACUUGAAGCCAGGGUCGCAGGCGUCGAUGAAGAGGCUGGUGGCCGGGUUGAAGCACUGGCUGCCAGUCGGUGCACGGCAAGCGGUCUCGCCACGGGGGCAAUACUGACCCGAGGCGCAGGCUUGGUAGCAGAUAGCGCCGUUGGCGUUCUGCUCGACGGUGUGGACACGAAGGUGGACGGCAGCCUGGUCUUCGGCGGUCGUCGACUGGAACAGGCACGCAGUGGCGACAAAGGCGGCGGUGAACACGGUCGAGAACUUCAUAUUGCUGAGCUGAGAAGAGGAAGGAGGCUUCAGGGUCGUGAGGCGAAUUCGGAAAUGAGAGUCUUGGUCUAGCCAGCAUCGACGUAGAAUAAAUCAGGGACCACAAGGCAUCAGGGUCUCAUUGAACGAGACCUGUGCCUGCCUUGCAAAUCCUUCCAAGUUGGAAUCCAACAAGACUUCCCUCUUGCACUGUUUGCUAGUGCCUGAGUUCAAUCACGAAGUUAGUUAAGUUUUGAAAUGGCUUGGCGAGUUCUCUGUUGUUUCCUGUCGACGGUGUUGGUCGCGAAAUCAGUAGGAGAGACUCGACUCGAGGUGAUUAGGUGCAUGCAAUACGUUCACCAGCAGAAUACGUAUCAGGUAUCACAACAGUUGGAGCCA